CUAUCUACCUAUGCGGCGGAGGGCUGCAGCAAGCCAUGCAGUCCAAUCCAAUCCAAUCACCGCCCAGUCAUUGCGGCCAGAUGGAACCCAGCUACUCUCAGUCCGCACACGGACACACACACACUCAGACACGCAUCAACAUCCACAGAUACCAUCCAGUGCCCUCGCCUCUCGUCUAGCCUGGCUACAUCCAUUUAUCCAUCCAUCCAUCCAACCAAAACUCAGUCAGUCCUCAUGGCUGCGUUUCUUGCCGCGCCCCUUGCCACAUGCACCCGAGACGCUCUCACCAUCGCUCUCGCCAACGCCUUUGUUGAGCCGGUCAGACCGCCGCAGCUUCGCGGCGUACUCCGACAGCGACAUGCUGUCCUCCGAACCACCACCAUCCUCCUCGUCUCGUCCACCGCUGUCAGCAGCCCUUCUGUUGCCACGUCGGCGAAGCUGCAUGUAGGCGGGGUCGGAUCUGCUGCUAUUGUUGUUGAGGCGAUUGUUUGCCCAGCCGUUGAUCUUGUCACGCGCGGACGACUUGGCUACACGGGCGGCUCGUGGGGGCGGGAGGGUGGGUGUGAGUGGCGGGGGCAGGGGUGGGUCGUCGGGUGCGGGGCUGCGAUGGGGGUGGUGAGGAGCUAACAGGUCAUCUGGCGUCGACUCGGACGCGUCGGUCUCGGGGGUGAGUUCUGGUGGAGGAACCACACCACAACACGCACACAGAGAUGGUUUGGCUGAUCGGUCCGUGUUUCUCGCACCUCUGUGUGCCUGGUCUGUGCGUGUGUGUACCUUGGUGCUUGCCCGGUGUGUCCUCGACUGUCUCGGUAGCGGUGCCCUUCUUGCCGCGAGGGCCCUUGGUGGCCACAGGACCUGCAGCCAUGAUAAAGGUGAGGUGCAGUGUGUCCAUCCAUCCAUCCAUCCAUCCGUAUCAUGACAUACAUACCCAUGUCGCUGCCGAGCUUCUCUACUGGAUGCUGGUCGUAGAAGCGGGCCUGCACCUGCACCAGACAGCCUUUGGGUGUUCUCUUCGCCCACGAACACAUAACAUACCUGGUCGAAAAACCGCAGAGCCUUCCUCCCAUCCGCCCUGGCAGCAGCCCCCUCACACACAAUCGGAUUUUUCUCACCUACAUCUACAACACCAGCGGCAGCAGCGGCAGCAGCCGCCCCACCGACAUCUCCCUGCUCCCCAUCAGCACCAGCCCCUGACUCGCCCUCCGCACCAGCGGGAGGCACCCCAUUGGUAGGUGGCGAUGGCGACCCGAAGUAUGGAAAUGCGUGUGGCGGGUUGGGGAGCGACGGGGAGGAGCUCAUCAGACAAGGAAGAGGGGCCGACUUGGCGGGGUCCAAACCACCUGAUGGCAAAUUCGGUCCGUAUCUUCACUCUGCGUCUGUGGCUGCUGCAUACCGCCUUCAUCGGAGUCUCUGCGAAGCCGUGUUGGCGAGAGGGACAAGCGCUUCUUGUACCGACCCGGUUUGGGGGGCGUCGGUGGAUUAGGCUCGUCCUCCCCGUCACCCGACACCACAGCACCGAACCGCUGCGGCCUCUCGUCCUCCUCGGCAGCCGCCUCCCCGUCAUCCCCCUCACCGUCACCCAUCACACCGAUGGCAGGCGAACCGAACUCGGGUGUCGGCCUGACUAGCCGGUCGUCAGCGGCCGCACCGGAAGAGACCUCGCACGCAGUUGCAGACGCAGAGGCGGAUGCCGACAUGAUGGCGCCGAAAGCGCUGGAGAGGCGGGGCGGGGGGAGAGGGUCCGGAUCGUCGGCUGCAUCGUCGCCAUUGGCAGGCUCGUCCUGGUCGAGGGGUGGCUCUGGUGUGGCUUCGGGUGUGGGGGGCUUCGUGUGGUCGAUGAGGGGGAGAAUCGUGUCGGUCGUGUCAGACACCUGCAGGCGCAGAACAACAACAAGCAUGCACAGAGAGAUUGCGACGCUCCCCAUCCCACCCCUUCUCAUCCUCACCCACCCAUGCCUCCUGCAUGGCGUCCUCUCCCCCACCACCCAUCGUCGGGUCGACAUCCGUCCCGGCAUGUUCGUCCGCACAGUGGGUCAGCAGCUUGCGGCUGUCCGUGGUGAAGAAGCCGCACAUGGGGGCCGGGCAGUGCCAGUGCAGAAACGACUCCUCGGGCAGCGUCAGGCCAUCAGGCUGGGCUGCCUCGUCAUCGAGAGGAGAUGGCUGCUGUGUGGCCUUGGUGCGCUUGACGCCCCCGCCCUUCUUGCGCGGCCGGGGGAUGCCUGCGAAUGGGAAGCCGCUGCGGUCGUCCUGAAGGAAGCCACAUGCAGCACAGGGGCAGAGAGGUGACCGGCAGGAUCCCUCUCGGCUUCGUCGAUAACAUGCUGACGUACUAAUCCGCAAGGGAAGCACGUGUACUUGCCCACUCUGACGGUCUUGGCGAGAUGGACGUCCGUGUAGUGCUUCAACACAUCGGUCCACUUGGACUUGGGAGGGUAGAUGCGCUUGUCGCACAGCGGACACCUGCCAUGCAUCCGCCCAGUGCAAACAGCCCCUUCAGCCAUCAGAUCGGCACACUCAGCAUGUAUGUGUCAGUCCAUACCUACCUGUACUUGGGAUUGGUCUUGGCGCCCUGCCUGAGGCUGGGAUGCUCGAGCGGGUGGUGGUAGAGCUCCGCUGUGAGGACGGUAGUCUGCGUCAGCAGCUGCAUCUCGUCCGUCACUCCAGCUUCAAGGCUUCUCGCGGGCUGCUCCCCAGACAUGCUCACAGAACACGCAGCCGAAGGCUGCUGACGUGGCGAACGUAAUAUGGACGAACGUACUGUCAGAAGUGCAAGUCGGU